AUGCCAGCCUUAGUCCCUACAACACUGCCCCUUCUCAUCACAUUCCUGGACACACUGCAUGGCAUCCUCAUUCCAGCAGAGCAGAGGGGUGGACCAGAGCAGCCCUGGUAUAUUGUCAUCUGGGACAACGCAAUGGAGGAUGAAUGUGGUGAAGUUGAUGUGGGAGCUUUCGGCGGCUGGAUCCGUCACUCCAGAAGAUUCUUUCCCCACUGUUUAGCCAGGGAGAACAUCACUUGUGAUGUAGAUGAGGUCCACAGUGCGGAUAUUUAUCAGGAGAGACCUAAAGACCACAAACAGAAGCACAGGCAUUAUUAUCUUAUGUUUAUGGUGGUCUUGACAUUCGUGAACCUCAUAACAAUUCCUCUAGAUUUGGCAUUUUCUGACGACAUGCAUGGUGUUGCCCAUAAAUGCUGGGUGGCAUUUAAUGUGUUUUCAGACAUUAUUUUUGCUUUUGAUGUUGGCCUCAAUUUUCGGAUUGGUAUUCUGGAUGGUCAGGUUCCCAUCCUUGAUCUAAAACAUAUCCGAAAGGAUUACUUGAGCACUUGGUUCUUUCCAGAUUUGGUUGCUGCAUUCCCUAUGGACAUUAUCAUCAUUAUUUUGGAGCAGCAUUAUCAUGCGGAUACAAGUUCACUGAUGGCUUCGAAGAUGUUGCGGGCGCUUAUGUUUGUGAGGGUUCUGGGUAUGAUUCGUCUGCUCCGUGUGCCAAGACUCCUGAGAUUCUGCUCUCAGUUGGAAAGUGUAAUCAGAUUAGAGAAGUGGAAAAAAAUUUUAUCAUUCAGAUAUGUAUUUGUUAUUCUGAUGAUGUUUCUCAUUUGGCACUGGAAUGGAUGUAUCCAGUACUUCAUAUCUGCACUGGCAGAGUUUCCCCCAGACAGCUGGGUCAUGAAAGAGAAUCUCCUGAAUACUUCAGUUGGGGUAAAAUACUCGUUUGGUUUGUGCAGAGCUCUCUCUCAAAUGACCUUGAUGUCGACUGACCCACCAACCCCUAUCUGUAUGGAGGAAUGGUGGACUAUAAUUAUUACUAGGUUGAUUGGAUUUUUUAUUUUGAUUGCAAUACUUGCCUUCAUGAACGUAACAGUUGGUAACGCCUACAAGAAAAAGAAAAAACCGCUGAAAUCCUCCAAAAUCUUCAGUAUGCUGCCCAGGGCCUUGCGGCGACGCAUCACUCAGCAUUACCAGUGGCAAUUUGAAAACAAUAUCCUUGACACAGUCUCUAAACCACUGAAAAAGGUUUUGAAGCUAGUAUCACAGAAAUUACAAACUUCAGCAUCAAAAGAUCUUAUUUUUAGCUUAAUAAUAUGUUUCCUUUUUUCAAAGGAUAUUAUGGCAACCAUUUGUUAUAACUUGCUGACAAAAGGAUUGAUGCUCAAAAACCGUGAUACAGAUUUCAUCGAAGCCAUCUUGAUGAAGUUGAAAUGCGAGUUCUUCCAGCCAGGUGACAUCAUCAUUCGUAAGAAUGCUAAGGCUGACCGCAUGUAUUUCAUAGAGUAUGGACGGGUGCUGCUGAAGACCCAAUGUCUCCAGAGGGAGCUGUGUGAUGGAGACCACUUUGGAGGUGAUGUAUGGCACACUUUUUGUAGUAUGAUUCAGCUCCUUGUUAUCAAUCACUUAAACCACUACUCAACUGUCAAUCAUCUAUUCGCAUUCGCCGUGCAUAUUGCCACCCGCUGGUCAGAGCUGGUCAAAGCAGACACCGUUUUGCUUCUCGGAGGAGAUCAGUUAGCAACGGUUCAUGCUGUGACCGGCUGCAGGCUUUUCUCAUUGUCUGUAGCCAAACUUAAGGAGGUUGAAGAGGAGUUCCCUGAAGUCUUCAAUGAUCUAAGAGCAGCAGCUCAACAGCGUAAGAACAAUCUACAAUAUAAUGGGCUGUUCACAUAAUGUUCUUGCUACAGGACAGCCAGCUGGAGCACAGUGGAAGGAAAAAGAACACAUGGCCUAGAGACAUGUUUUUCAAAGCUGAACUUAUUUCAACUUGAUGCAGCGUUUUAAAAAUGUGCCGCUCAC